UGUUUUUAUUUCAAAUUAUUAAGGCUCUCUGGAAUACUUGAUUCUGAUAGUCACUGACAAUUCCGAGGUGUAUUAUUCCCCGAUAACAACCGGUAAAACACAGGCUCAUCCAGGCUCUCUGGAAUACUUGAUUCUGCUAGUCACUGACGAUUCCGAGGUGUGUUAUUCCCCGAUAACUAUGGUAAAACACAGGCUCAUCCAGUUCCAGCCCCCUCCUUUACCUGGAGCGAAUUUGCACAAAUUCCCCAGCCGCGCAUUUGAGAGGGAGGAGAUCGGGAGAGGGAGGAGAUAGAGCAGGAAAGAAUGAGCUCAAGGGUUGGUUGGCGCGAGGAACACCUGGAACUGUGAUUUACCUGGAUGAGACGCUGGGGAGAAGAGCGCGGAGAGUGAGCCCUUUGGGAUCUGCUAGCAAGGAACAAAAACCAGUAAGCAGAACAGACUGUCUCUGUGCAUUACUCCAUCAUGGCCGACAGCAAGACAGAAAGAGGACUCAAAUGGGAGGUUCGUGCCAACGAGCGUUAUUUUCAUCGGUCCUGUCGCCGCAAGUCUUUCCUGUGUUUCCGCUGGGGGCGUUAUGCUGACAAUGUGGUGCGGAGCUACAAAUACACCCCUCUGACAUUUUUGCCCCUUAACCUGUAUGAACAGUUCCAGCGAACGGCGAAUCUUUUCUUCCUACUUAUUGUGGUCUUGCAGCCAUUUUCCCCUCACUCCCACAUCUAUCUAUCACGCUCCCUCUGCUCCCACGUCUCACAGGGCAGACGACGUAGUGAUGGACAAAUUAACCGGCGCCCAUGUGACAUUCUCACUCCUGAGGGCUUCAAAACUGUUAAGUGGAAAGAUGUACGUGUUGGUGACAUUCUCCAGGUUCAUAAGGACCAGAUCAUACCUGCAGAUUUGCUCCUCCUUUGCAGCACUGAGCCACACAGCCUUUGCUACGUAGAAACAGCAGACAUCGAUGGAGAAACCAACUUGAAGUUUCGCCAGGCUCUGAGUGUAACUCAUACUGAGUUGAAUGGCGAUUCAGUUAAGCAAAACCUGGCAGCCUUUGAUGGUAUUGUGUGGUGCGAAGAACCAAACGGUAAUUUGCAUUCCUUCAAAGGUGAGUUACAUUGGAAAGGAGAGCGCCACCUUCUGGACACAGACCACCUGCUCCUUCGAGGGACUGUGCUGCGAAACACGGACAUAGUUUAUGGAUUAGCCAUAUACACAGGCUCAGAUAGUAAAAUUCUGCAAAACUGUGGAAAACUGAAACUGAAGAAAACUCAAGUGGAAAUACUACUAAACAAAACUGUGUUGGUGAUUCUGCUGUUCAUGCUAACAACAGCUCUUCUCCUGGCUGUGGGCGCUGGGCUUUUUGAGCACAGGGUUUCCCCUCAGUACGACGUUGUCACGGUCUUGCAGCGUGAUUCGUCUCCUGCCUACCUGGGAUUCCUCUCCUUCUGGGGCUACAUCAUUUUGCUUAGUCCUUCUAUGCCCAUGUCUCUUUAUAUAACAUUUGAAGUGAUCCACAUGGUGCACUGUCUCCUGAUUGGCUGGGAUGUUGAGAUGUACUGGGAGGACAAUAACAGCCCCGCUCAGGCCCGUACAACCACCCUGAAUGAGGAAUUGGGUCAGGUGGGCCACCUGCUCAGCGACAAGACCGGCACUCUAACACAAAACCGCCUGCUUUUUCGUCAGUGCUUCAUCGCCGGACACAUUUAUGGUGAUAUGUCAAAGGAACUAAAGCCGCUAGACUUAAGCUGGAACCGGUUUUCCUGUGGUGGACUGAAGUUUUCCGACCAGCGGUUGGUUGACAAGCUGUGUGAACGGAGCAGCCCUGAGUGCCAAGAGUUCCUCACAGCUCUGGCCCUUUGCCACACUGUCAUGAGCGAGUGGAGGGAUGGUUUGCCUCAUUACCAGGCUGCCUCUCCGGAUGAGGAAGCUCUGGUGUGUGCAGCGCGGGAGCUCGGCUGGGUGUUUCUCUCCCGUACACGAGAAACCCUCACCAUCAGUGAGAUGGGCCUCACGCGAAACUAUCAGCUCCUGGCCCUCCUGGACUUCACCAGCAAGAGGAGACGCAUGUCAGUACUGGUGCGGGACCCUAGAGGACAGUUGAAGCUGUACUGUAAAGGUGCAGAUAUUGUUGUUCUGGAAAGGCUUCAAACGGACCGGCCACUUCAGGAGAGCACCGAGAGAGCUCUAGAGCUGUUCGCUCAGAGCUGUCUGAGGACUCUGUGUGUGGCGGUGCGCUCAGUUCCUGAAGCCCUGUGGACAGAGUGGAGCCGCACCCUCAGUCAGGCGGCCACAUCGACGGGUAACCAGGAGACCGCGCUCGAAGAGAUAUAUGAUCAAAUGGAAAAAGACUUAACGCUGUUGGGCGUGACUGCCAUUGAGGAUCGUCUCCAGGAAGGUGUCCCCGAGACCAUCGCCACCCUGAGGAGGGCGGGGUUGAAGGUGUGGGUGCUGACGGGAGACAAAACAGAAACGGCUGUGAAUGUGGGAUAUGCCUGCAAACUUAUGGAUCCAGACACGACCCUAAUUCAAGGGGAGGAGCUUAGGCAGCUUCUAGAGUCUCCUUCUCCAGAUGUUCAUGUCAUGUCUAAAGAGCCGGAGGUUUGGAUCACAGACAGGAGAGCAGUGAAGGGCAAAGCAGCACUAGUAAUUUCGGGUCCUGAACUGGCAGAAUUGACCAGAAUGCCAGAAUGGGGGGCAAAGUUUGUUGCUCUGUCUGAUCAGUGCCAGUCUGUAUUGUGCUGUCGUGUCACACCGGCGCAAAAAGCAGAAGUGGUGGAGAUGGUCAGGAAGCAUUCGACUUCGAUUACAAUGGCGAUAGGCGAUGGUGCCAACGAUGUCAACAUGAUCAAGACGGCACAUAUAGGCGUUGGUCUUUGCGGCAUGGAGGGCAGUCAGGCGGUGCAGAAUGCAGAUUUCGCUCUGGCACAGUUCAGCUUCCUUCGCAGGCUGCUGUUGGUACACGGGCACUGGUCAUACUACCGCAUCUGCAUCCUUCUGCGCUAUUUCCUCUACAAAACCACUGCUUUUGCUCUGGUGCACGUUUGGUAUAGUUUCUACAAUGGCUUCAGCGCUCAGCCUAUGUAUGAGAGCUGGUUUAUUAGCCUCUACACAACACUGUACACAUCCCUGCCUAUACAGUGCAUGGGUUUUUUUGAACAGGAUGUGAGCGCCAAGAGUUGUCUGCGUUGGCCUGAGAUCUACUCGAUUGGACAGAAGCAGCAGCUUUUCAAUCCUUUAGUUCUGGCCAUCACGCUCCUCUACUCGAUCUACACCUCCAUCAUCCUCAUCAGAGCAUCACCAAAUGCUUACAGUACCCCUGAGGUUUGGCUGACCAUAUGUGUGACCACCUGUAUUGCUGUCCUUCCCUCAGUAACCAUACGGGCCUUAGGUGUUGUGCUAACAAACCCCAACAAACAUAAGAUCCACAGCUUGAAUAAGCCUGUUGAGCUGAAGUCGUGGUUUCAGAGAGGUACCCUUCAGCGUCGUUCAUCCUAUGCGGUGUCCCAAGGGAAAGGUUUUGGAAAGUUAAUCACCACAGGAGUUGGGUUUCCCUCUACGGCACCCCCACAGGACAGGAGAGUUACAGCAGAUAGUCUGAAGAAAGAAUCUCCACAGGGUUCACUUAUAGAAAUGAAUAGUGGUGAUGUGGCAUGCUAGCUAGCAUCUUCAGUGUGUUUUGUCAUGCACUGAAAAUGUGAUAUGAGUAACAAAUAUUUUAACU